CUUGAGCUACUCCCUAUCUUACAGCAUGGUACGUUCCGUAGCUCCGGGCUUAAGUCGGCUCUUCUUCCCUGGAUGCGGAGGCGAAGGGGCAUCAUGGCGGGCCCGGGGUGUCUCAAGCUUUUCAUCUUUGUCUUAAUAUUUGUGGCCAGUGUACGGGCUCUGACUCCUAGCCAUUAUCUCACCAAACAUGAUGUUCAAAGGUUACGAGCUUCUUUGGAGCGACCGUUCAUUGAUUUGGAAGGAAGUUAUUACUCCAUUGUAGGACUCAAGAAAUUAGGAGGACAAGUGGCGGAUGAAAAGGCUGCAUGCAGCUUCAUAAAAUCUAAAGUAGACCCCAAUAGUGUUGAUUCUCUCUUCUAUGCUGCACAGGCCAGCCAGGCAUUGUCUGGAUGUGAGAUACCCAUUUCAAAUGAGACCCGAGAAUUGUUGCUUGCCGCUGUCAGUGAAGACUCCUCAGUAACCCAGAUCUAUCAUGCUGUUGGAGCCUUGAGUGGAUUCGCACUGCCCCUUGCUUCCCAAGAAGCCCUGACAGCUCUCACCUCUCGUCUGAGCAAAGAAGAGAAUGUCUUGGCAACAAUACAGGCUUUGCAGACAGCAUCAUACUUAUCCCAGCAAGCUGAUUUAAGAGGCAUCGUGGAGGAGAUAGAGGAUCUUGUUGCUCGUCUGGAUGACCUUGGAGGAGUGUAUCUGCAGUUUGAAGAAGGACUUGAAGCAACUGCAUUGUUUGUGGCUGCUACUUACAGCCUUUCCAACCACGUAGGGACAGAGCCAGCAAUGAAAGAGGAUCAGAUCAUCCAGCUGGUGAAUGCAAUUUUCAGCAAAAAAAACUUUGAGAUUCUUUCUGAAGCAUUCAGUGUGGCAUGUGCGGCAGCUGCCCUUUCGCAGAAUAAUUACCAUUUGCCAGUUAUUGCAGUCUCUGAGGGGCCUGCUGCUGUCUCUCAUCACCAGCCUGUUCUCAGGCUCCAGGUUACAAAUGUUAUGUCACAACCUCUGGCUCAGGCAAGUGUGAAUUUGGAUCAUGCUAAAUCUGUGGCUACUAAAGCCACAGUCCUUCAGCAGUCCGCCUUUGCUGUCUCAGGAGAUGUCUUUGAGCUGAAUUUCAUGAAUGUCAAGCCUGCCAGUGGUUAUUAUGAUUUUGUGAUCAGCAUUGAUGGAGAUAGCCGAUUUAUCGCAAACAAAGUUGAGAUGAAAGUAAAAGUCUCCACAGAAGUUGGCAUUACAAAUGUAGAUCUCUUUACUGUGGAUAAAGAUCAGAGCAUUGCACCCAAAACUACCAGGGUCACUUACCCUGCCAAAGCCAAAGGAUCAUUCACUGCUGACAGUCAUCAAAACUUUGCAUUGUCCUUCCAGCUGAUUGAUAUGAACACUGGAGCAGAACUCAUUCCUCACCAGACUUUUGUACGGCUUCACAAUCAGAAGACUGGACAGGAAGUGGUGUUUGUUGCAGAACCAGAUAGCAAAAAUAUCUACAAGUUUGAACUGGACACUUCUGAAAGAAAGACAGAGUUUGAUUCAGCCUCUGGGACUUACACUCUUUACCUGAUAAUUGGAGACGCUACCCUGGAAAACCCAAUCCUCUGGAAUGUGGCAGAUGUUGUCAUCAAAUUUCCAGAAGAGGAUGCUCCAUCCACAGUACAGUCAAAAAGCCUUUUCAUUCCCAAGCCAGAGAUAAAGCACCUAUUCAGGGAACCUGAGAAGAGACCUCCCACGGUAGUAUCAAAUGCAUUCACAGGCUUGGUACUCUCGCCACUGGUUUUGCUCUUUAUUUUGUGGAUGAAGAUCGGGGCCAAUAUUUCUAACUUCAGCUUUGCUCCCAGUACUAUUAUCUUCCAUCUCGGUCAUGCAGCAAUGUUGGGGCUCAUGUAUGUCUACUGGACUCAACUCAACAUGUUUCAAACCAUGAAGUACCUGGCUAUCCUUGGCAGUAUCACCUUCCUAGCAGGCAACAGAAUGUUGGCACACAAAGCAGUGAAAAGGAUCGCUGCAGAACAGAGCAGUAGGUUGGCAAAGUAUAGAACACUGCGGUAAAAGGGGUUUUACUAGUGACCAGCUCUUCCUAGAA